AUGCUGGCCAAGGACGAAUUAAGCCUUGACAUGUUCGCCACUGUCGUGGUGGACGAGGCGCACCACGUUUCCGGCGAGCAUGUUUUUGCAAGGAUCUUGGGCAAGGUGCGGAACCUGCCCGUGGCACCUAGCCGUCGCCCACGGCUUCUGGGACUCUCUGCUUCGCCUUUCGCAGCGCUGAGCGCCCGGGUGGCAGAGACGCGCUUGCGGGAUCUGCAGGCCGCAUUUGCAGGGGCAGCUGUUUUCAAGCCGCCUACCCUAGCGAAGGCGCAGCAGACCACAGAUUGGGUGAUAUUGGACCCUUCGCAGUCUCAACAGCUUUCCCUGGACUGGUUGGCAGGCUGCCUCCGGGCAGGUGCCAGCGAGAUGGGCCUCAUAGGAGCUGGCAGCAUCCCGGAGGAUUUUGGCAGCACGCAGCGUGUCCUUGACGAUGCUUCAAGCCUUGGUCGCUGGCGUGGAGCACUGCGUGGCGUGGAGGAUUCCUUGCGAAUAAAGGUUCACGGCAACGAUUGCCAGGAGUCGAAAAAGAAUCUCAAGGGAGUUGAAGCUCUUCACCAGGUGGUCGCCAUGAUGGAAGUGUGUCUAGUGGUCGGCACUGCGGAGAUCAAGAAGCACUUGGCAGCAAGAGCUGAAGAGGUUCCCUGGUUACGUGCAGCCCUGGAGGCUUGCCCACAACAGCGGGCUGAGCUCAAGUCGCCGCAGCUUCUUCAGCUCUCGAAGGUGCUGCAACCACUGUCAGCAGACAGCCGGGUCCUUGUCUUUGUGAUGACCCGGGCGGCUGCUCGCCAGCUCUGUGCUGUGCUGAACGAAGAUGCUGAAAUCGUCAAAAAGUUUUCUCCACGGAUUAUAGUGGGCCAGGGUGGUGCGGAUGGCAUGGACUGGGAGAUGGGCCAGGGUGCGGCAUUGGCGGCCUUUGCUGAGGGUGAGACCCGGCUGCUGGUGUGCACAUCUGUUCUGGAAGAGGGCUUGGACGUCGCAUCCUGCGACCUCGUGGUGCGAUUCCAGGGUGUGAACUCUUUGACGUCUCUGAUUCAGAGCAGAGGCCGAGCUCGAAAGGCUAGAAGUCGCCUCGUGGUCAUGCUUCCCAGCCAGAUGCGGUCCAAGGUUCUAGAGAUGGAAGACCGCGAGCGCCUGAUGGACGCGAUUCUGGAGCAGUCAGCCGCUCGACAAUCCGUCCCGUCUGCUCGCACAGAAGAGCGAAUAGCACAGCUGUCGGUUGAGCAUCCGGAGAGCAUUGCCUCUCGGGGAAACGAGGCCGACACUGCCAACUCCGAGGAUUACUCUCAUGGAGGCAAAAGCUUGGUCCUACGAUUGGUGGUCUUUGACGGGGAGGGCGAAAGGGAGCUGAAAGAUAUCAUCUUGCGACAGCUGCAGGGCAAUCCGCUGGCUCUACGGGUGCAGCGCAUAGAAAAGAUGACCCAGCCUGCAGAGCUCGUCACGGCCUGCCCAGGCCUAAGCUCCACCCACGACGUCGCUUUCAUCGUCAGCGUGAAGGGCAUGACAACAUCAUCUCGGCCAGCGAGACCGAGCAUGCUGUAUGAAAGCAUCUGCCGCGCUUGGGACUUCCAAGCUCCAGUAGAUCAGAAGAAGCUGAGCAUCUGGUGUCAGCGUGAAAGUGCCAGUGCCCGGAAGCAGUGCGUGAAUCUCAGUUGGCGGGUGACAGAGAUGGCAGUGGGAAGAUUUUGCGGGCGGCAUGAGUUCUGGGAAGCUAGACGGAUUGUGGACGAGACGGACGAAGCCACUGUGAGGUUCGGCGAUGGGCAAGUGGAGCUCCAAGUGCCGGACAAGUGGAGCACCCUUCAGACGGGUCGGUUUGCGCUGCUUCUUCGCGGCGCCAGCAUUUCUCACCUUUGCAUCAAGCUCAAGCUGACGACCUUGGCAGGGUUUGCAUGCUUGGCUUCUCGGAGACAUCCGACAUUGUACCUGCCUGUGACGAGCACGCCCAUCGUUACUGUCUGCUACACAAUCGGUGGGCAGAGCCACGACGAACGUCUCGUCGGAUUUGAGUCACACCCCCUGCUCUCCAGACUUGCCGAGAGCUUCGUGGUGGCAUUUGGCAUAGAUGCGCUUGAUGCGGGGAGUGCGGAGAGCCUGCGCGAGCUUCUCGCAGAACCUCGGUUCCUGCCAGUGCCUGUAUUCGACACCCGCAUAGUCCAUGUGGCCGAAGCUAUCUCUGAUGUCGACCAUGCAUUCUCUGUGGCAGAGCCUUUAGCUAAAGAAAGCAAGCUUGUCUUGCCAAGCAGCCUUCACUGGGCAGUCGGUGUGCUUUGCACCAACAGCACAUCCCUGCAGCCGCUCGCGAAAAAGAGAGUGGUGACACACUGCCACAAUCUGGCCAAAGCUCAUGCUGGGCCUGGAAAAAUUGAAGCUGCGGAAGCAGCUGUCUACAGCACAUUGGAAGCAAGCCUGGAAUCUUACUGGGCAGAUGCUGAAGCUGUGUUCAAUGCAGCAUAUGACUCCUUGAAGGGAAUGCCAGCUGAGCAGAUCAACAGGCUUCACGGAGCAACCAGCCAUGGAAACUACGUCCUGAUGAAAAGAGUGGCAUGCACACCCUCGCGACUGGUUCUGCUGCCACCUGCUCCGAUGCAGUCAUCCAGGCUCUUGCGCCGGUGCAGUCAUUGCAACUUCGUGUCGGUACGCUUCGUGGAGGAACAGCUGCAACGCGUUCAUGGCACGGAGUUUACGACACAUAUCGAGAGUGUUUUGAGAAAUGGCCUGCGCAUUGGUGGUGUUCUUUUCAGGUAUUUCGGCUCUUCUGCAUCUCAGCUUCGCAGUCACUCUGCCAUGUUCGUAGAGGCAGAGCACGUGGAGUUCGUACAGAGGCUGCGAUCUCAAAUCCUGAUAGAUGCAAGCAUGUUCAAAAACGUCGCCCAGUAUUCGUCUCGGCUCGGCCUGUUCUUGACAGCGGAUGAACCUGCUUUUGCGGUCGAACAUGCCGACACGUACGAAGUCCCAGACAUCAUGUCCUCGAGCGGGCAACUGUUGACAGAUGGUGCUGGGAAAAUCAGCCACAACGUGGCGGAUGCUGUAGCUUCAGCCCUGGGCCUCGAUAGGACACCUUCGGCUUUCCAGUUCCGCUGGGCUGGCCUGAAAGGAGUGGUGACCGUUGUUCUGCCGGAGGACCCAGAGCUGCGCAAGGCAUCUCUCAAGCUUGGUCGGUCGUGCAAGCUGCUAUACCGACCUUCCAUGAAGAAAUUCGAGGGAAAUGAUGUCACAUUCUGUGUAGUCAGCUAUGCCGAGCACCAUCCGGUUUUUCUCAACAGGGAGAUCAUCAACCUGCUGACCAGCCUUAGCUGCGUGGGCAGCCAAUGGGAGAUUGACGCAGCCUUGACCCGACGACAGGAAGCUGUUCUGCAGCAGGCGAGCGAGAUUUUCACAGAUGAAGACAGAGCAUUCGCGAUGCUGCAUGAAAUGCUGCCAUCGUCGUGGCGGCACCGCCUGGUCCAUGCACGUGAAGGUAAAGGAUUGAUCAAUGAGCCUUUCUGGCUCUCAGUGCUCGCCAAGGCUUACAGACUGCAGGUGCGAGACCUGGUGCAGCGCGCUAGGAUCCCGAUCCCUGUGACGGAUGGAUGUCUUGCCAUGGGAACACCGGACCCACUCGGAGUGCUCAAGGAAGGCGAGGUCUUCCUGCAGUGCGUGUACAGAGAUUCCAGACAACGAUUGCAACGGCGUGUAAUCCAAGGUGCCGUGAUCAUCUACAGAAACCCGUGCCUGCAUCCCGGUGACAUUCGGAAGUUGCGGGCAGUCAACAGGGCAGAGCUGCUCUUCCUCGAAAAUGUGCUGGUGCUCCCGGCGGUUGGUGUGAAAUCUGUCGCUGCCUUGUGCAGUGGCGGAGACCUGGAUGGCGACAAAUUCAGUGUCAUUUGGGCUCCAGAUCUGGUGCCUCCAGACUGUUGCGUGCAUGACCCAAUGGAUUACGAUGCUGUUCUGGCAGCGGCUGGCCCUGCUGUCGGAGCUCAGCCUGCAAACGGCAUGUUCGCAGAGGAGGACUUGGUACACUUCUUCGUUCGAGUCGUAGUGAACGACACCUUGGGAAAGAUUGCUCAUAUGCACCUGGCCUUUUGCGAUGCCUCCGAGCAAGGUGCUCUCGAUCCUUUGGCGAUUGAGCUUGCCAAGUCGCAAUCGCUUGCUGUCGACUUUCCGAAGACGGGCGUUGCUCCGAGUGUUCCGCAGGCAACGUUGGAGGGCCUGAAGUCCAACGGUUUUCCUGAUUUCAUGCAGAAGCCUGGGGCCGACACCUACACCUCUAGCAAGACUCUGGGCAGCUUGUUCCGCCGCUGUAUCUCCCUUGAUGCCGACUUCGAGAUGGCUUCGUCCCUGGACUUGGAUGCACAGUUCUUGCUCCCAUCUCGGCGUGAGUGGCAGGCGGAUGCUCGCCAGGUGUUUGCGCACUUCUCCACAGAGGUUGGUCGCUUGAUGGUGCUUCAUGGCCUUCGCCACGAAGCAGAAGCAGUGCUUGCCAGACCCCUGCACUGGCCAUCCACAACCAUUGACAGAGAGAAAGCAUCCAACACGAUUGCCUGGCACCUGGAACUGAUCAUGAGAAAGUUCAGAGAUAAGUUCUUCGAGAAUGUAAAUGGCGUCACUGCGCGAGCGAAGGCUUCUGCGUGGUACGAAGUCGCCUACGAAGGAGGCAAUUCGGAUCGGUUUCGACGAAGGUGCUUUGCUUGGAUUGUCGACGACAUCUUGCACGACAUAUCCCAUGAAGUGCGGUCGCAAGGUCAGAUGCUUGACAACUGCGGUGCGGAAGCGGUCCUGACGUUGGUUGGCGAAAGUGUCCGAGCAGAGUUGCUGGAAGUAUUGCCGGCCUUGCAGCAAGUGGUCGCCGGCAAACUGGCCACACUCGGCUUGGUGCAGCGCACGGUCGAUCAACACUGCACCCAGCUAUGUGGGAAGUCAGGUAACGGUAGCUUUCAGCCGUUCUGCUUUCAUCCGUUCGGAUCCACCGCGCUUGGUCUCUGCGAGCAAGAGUCUGACCUGGAUAUUUUUGCAAUGAUUCCACCAGAACUUUUUGCAGAGUUCGUCCCCGAGAACAAUUUGGCAGCUUUCCGGCAGUGCACGAGCCAGCAGCAGGCCAAACACUUCUUGCGAACAGUGCUGUCCCCGGCUUUGGACGUCAUUUCCGUGGAAAAGAAGGAGGUUCUCGAUGCUCGUGUCCCAGUGCUACGGCUGAGCUUGCGCCCAGUGCUGGAUGCAACCGAAGCAGACGACGAGCAGAGGGUAGACGUGUGUCUGAGUCCCGAAGGAUGGCUGAAGGCGGAGCACUUUUACGACAGGAUUGCCUCCAGUCCUGCAGCGUACGGCGUGGUUUUGCUUCUCACGAUGUGGGCACGAGGUGUGGGCUUGGUACGUUCCAGUGGUGCACAAGCAGUUGCUGCAGGAGUUGGAGAAGCAGCGCUCGUGCCGGGAGAGUGGCAGGCACUGCUGCUGUUCUUGUUGAAGACGGAUGACGCUCUACAGAAGACCGUUGAAGAAUGUGCCCGGCCCUCCGGACUCCGAGCUGCAAAAGUGGAAGCUCGGCUGGUGCAGCUGAUGGACUUCGCACAGAGCGCAGCACACAAAGACUACCUGAACCUGGGCAGGCUGCUGCACGCUUUCCUGGCAGCGUUGAGGAAUUUGAAAGAAGAAGCUGUCCGAUUUGAAUGGCCCAUAAAAGAUCGUCCUUUUCACGAGCUUCCCCAGGGAACCUGCAAGAUGGUGGCAAGUUGUGCUAAACAUGCGGCCGAGAUUCUGGCUGUUAGCCGCCGGGUGCAAACGAUGCUCCGGUCUUGCCCGGAGAACAACAGCGCAUCAAUUGCAAGGCGAUUGUCUCGUGCCUUGUCGCACCGACUCCACAGCCACCUUGCCUUUCACGAGACCUACCUUCGAGAAGUGUCCGGUGCUCACGUGAAGUUGGAGGCCUUUGAUGGUUCCGAUGUGCUCUACCUCUCUGCAUCAGGAACGCGGUCCAACAUCCUAGAGCUUCAGCGCCAGCUCCGCCGCUACACCACGGCAGCCCUCGCCCUGGGAAUGCCAUCCACAAAGGCAUCGAGAUACUUCAUGGAGGGAUCAACGCGACUUCUCUUCGCAGGCGCCAUCAACCUCACGAUGCGUGUGCGCUUCGUGGAGCACAAAGGGGCCUACGUGCCACUGCAUGCUGCUUGUGAGCGUAUGCUGCCCUGUCUGAACAGCAUCGACCAGACAUUUGGCUGGGAGGACUUGGCAUUGCAGCGAUUCUUGGAUUUGUGGACAAGCCAACUUUCAAAGCUGCGGGACAACAGCAACCACCUGCUAGACGUCGUGGCAGUCCGAGUGCGAUUCGGCACCAUGUACGUGAACGAUGUCACCAGCAAGCUGCCGGAGACAACCUCAACAUGGUCGAUAGCAGACCUGGAAGAGGCCGUCGUAAAGAACCGCCGCAACCGAAAGACUGCAGAACGCGGCAUGGCACCAGAGCCUGCAUUUGUCCAGGAACGUUCCAAUGAGGCAAAACGACCUGACAUGGUUGUGCUGCGGCCUGCGAAAGGCGCAGCUGGCCAGCCCCUGAAGAAAGGGAAAAAGCAGAUGCGAAAGAGGAAGCAAUGCGGCUUGGGGAACACCUUCUGCCCCGGAUUGUUCAAGGACAACCAGCCUUGUGACUCCAUCCGAGUGCAAUGCUGGAACCGGUAUCAUGAGGCACUGGUAGCGGCUGGCUUCGAUAAAGUUGACGACCCAGACAAGCACCGACACUGGACGUUGUCAAUAUCAGCAAGCAGCACUUUUGAAAUUGAUUGGGGACUAGACCAAUCACUCCAGACCAUCUUCAUCAACGAGCGCCCGCUGUGCUGGGUCCAUGCUACACUUGUUGCCAAUCGACGCGGCUCCAAAUGCCAACAGUCGACCUUGCUCGAUGCACACGACUUACGAAUCAAGGUUGAGACGGCAGAGGCCAUCAAGACGGGCAGCAAGCUGCAUGAUGCCGUUGUCGCCAACACGAGACCUAUUCGAGUCAACGCUGGGAUUCCAGCUGUGGAUUCAACUGCCUCCACUUGGCUGCGUGAGAGGCUCUCCUUUGUACGGCGCGUGGACUCCAGACAACGGUAUCGGAAGCGACAGACUUUCAAUGCUGGCUGCCUUCAUAUAGAUGCGGUCGUGUGCUCAGGAGAGGAGUUCAUGGGACGCGACCUGGGCCUAUCGCGGAAGUUUUGCGAGCUGAGCUUGCAAGUGCAAGCUGCAGAUGUCAAACUGGCUCUGGAACAGGGCAUGCUGGCAACGAGGUCUCUUGGAGAGACGAUCUGGAAGACUGCGCGAGAAGUUUCUGGCAAGCUCUCAGCGACAGGUGUAAGCUCUGGGUAG